CGUGCCGCCGCGGCUAUGGAGCUCGCCACCGCGGCCGUCGCCGCCUCCACGGCAUCCACCCACCAAUCCGGCCGCCCGACCGGUUUCUCCUCCCCGCGUGCAUCCUCGUGGUCUCCUUCCUCGUCGACCUUCUCACACUCCCUGUCCACCUCGCGGCUCCUGAGCCGCCGCCGGCAGCUACCCGUCGCCUCAGCCGCCGUGGAGCUCCGCCAGGCCGCCGCGGGGGGCGGGGACUCCGUGCGCGUCACCGAGACGCCACAGCCCAACUCCAGCGUUAAGUUCAGCGUGGAGGUGCCUCCGUCUAUAUGCCAAGAAUGUUACCAGACCACCCUUAUGGAGUACUCAAAGCGUUUCAAGGUCCCUGGAUUUCGGCCUGGAAAGAUAGUUCCAGAAAAUGUGCUUUUAAACUACGUCGGACCGCAGCAUGUACGGGCUGCGACGGUCGAAGCUAUCUUAAGACAUACGCUUCCUCAAGCAUUGUCCUCGGUAGAAGAUAAGGCAUUAGAAGAUUCUGUACGUAUUCUCACUAAGUUUGAUGAUAUGAAUGAUGCUUUCUCCCUCGACCAUGUGUUUAGAUAUGAUGUUGCGGUGGAUGUUGUUCCUGAACUCCAGUGGUUAUCGGAAGACAAAUAUAAGAACCUCAAAGUGGUUAUUGAAAUAGAUGAAAUUGUUGAUGCUGAAAAGGCAGCCGAGUUGGAGCUUAAGCGUCGUCGUAAAUCUCUAGGGAUUCUUCGAGUAGUCUCUGACAGAGGUCUACAGGUCGGUGAUGUAACAGUAAUAGAUAUAUUGGCUGAAACUAUCACAAGCGAUGGCUCUAAAGGUGAAAAAAUUCCAUCAGCUGAGGCUACAGGGUUCCAGUUGGACACUGAGGAAAAUGAGAACCUUGUUCCUGGAUUUCUGGGUUCACUAAUUGGGAUUCGUCCGGGUGAGACUAGAUCAUUUCCUAUUCAGUUCCCUGAGUCCUUUGAUCAAGAAAGUCUGCAAGGUGUCCGUGCCCAGUUUACUGUUGUCUGCAAAGAACUCUUCUUCAGAGAGAUGCCAGAAUUGGAUGAUUCACUUGCUGUGAAGCUCCUUCCAGGAUGCACUACCAUGGAUCAGGUUCGAGAAAGAAUUUUGGAAAGAUGCAAAGAAGUGGAGAAGACAGCUAUAGAACAAGCAACAGAUAAUGCCAUCCUCGACCAGCUCGGAAAGUUGGUUGAGGUUGAUGUUCCCCGGGCCAUGUUUCAAGAGCAAGGCCAACAGUUGUAUGGAGCCAAACUUCUGCAACUGCAGGCAGAAAGGAAGCUAGAUAAAGACCAGCUAGCAUCCCUUUCAAGUGAGAGGUCGGUCCAGGAGUACCUAAAUAGUGAGCGGGAGAACAUCACUAAAAUCAUUAAACAAAUGUUGGCUGUUGGUGAAAUAUUCAAGGCUGAAAAUUUACAGUACUCGACCGACCAGCUCAUCAAGGAAGUUGAGAACUCCAUACAAGAGUUCAAACGCUAUAACCAGGACUACGAUGAGGGGAACAUCAAGCAGCAGGUUCAAGAUGUUCUUGAGGCUGCAAAGGUGCUCGAGUGGCUCAAGGAGAACUGCACGAUCGAGUAUAUCAGACAAUGAGGGCGGUGCUUGAUGCUCUGUCAGUUUUCAAAGAUGGCAGGCUGGCGCGAAACUUCAUGACAAGCUACAAACAAGUGUAUAAUUUGUUCAUAGCACAAGAGGAGUAUGAUCUAAUAUGUAGAUGUCAAGUUUACUUUAUAUAUGUUCAUUACAUUAUAAGAAGUGAACUGUCAAAUAUGUUUAUAGUCUCUAUUGUCUCGGAUAAAAGCUUGACCAGCAAUCUUCGAUUGAAGGUCUCAAGGAUCUUGCCCUUUCAAGUCCA